AAAGGGUCGGUGGCAUGAUCCGGCAGCCGGACGCGAGCUGCCGGAUCUUGGGCAGGACGAGCAGCGCACAUUUUGACGAGGAAAAGUCGAACUCGUCCGCUGUGCACUGGCUGCUGCUGCUGCUGCUGCUUUCAGGAGGAGCCGGAGGUCGUCGUCUGGCCCGAUUGGAGGAGCAAAUCCUCGGCCCGCGGCUGAAAGGAAGGAAGGGGAGGAAAGGAGGAAGGAAGCGAGCGGAGCUGUGAACCUAGGGACGGAAGAAUUUUGGCAGCGAUUUGAUCGAAUGUGAGUGAGGGAUUUGGCAGCAGAGGAGUCGAGUUUCGAGUCGAGGAGGGCGGGGCUCCGCACGGACAAUGACAGCGGGAACAGGAAUCCAGACGGUGGAAUCGGGCCACCAGGAUGUGGUCCACGAUGUGCAGAUGGAUUAUUACGGGAAGAGAGUAGCUUCUUGUUCCUCGGAUCGCUCAAUCAAGCUGUUUGCCGUCUCGGCGGGAUCAGAUCCGCCGGCAGCAUUGGUCACUUUGGAGGGCCACGAGGGGCCCGUUUGGGAAGUGGCUUGGGCGCAUCCCAAGUUCGGUUCAAUUAUCGCUUCGUGUUCCUACGAUCGGAAGGUGAUUAUCUGGAAAGAGGGAGCGGAGAACGAGUGGACGCAGGCCCAGGUUUUUGCAGAGCAUGAAGCGUCCGUGAACAGCAUUUCUUGGGCACCGCAUGAGUUCGGGUUGGUGCUGGCCGCGGGAUCUUCCGAUGGGACCAUUUCCGUGUUCACUCACAAGGCGGACGGUACGUGGGAGAAGAAGAAGAUUGAGCAGGCGCAUCCGGUCGGAGUCACCUCGGUUUCUUGGGCCCCGUCCUCAGCUCCAGGUUCUCUCGUGGGUGAGAACACCGGAUUGGUGCAAAAGUUAUCUUCUGGCGGCUGUGACAACACUGUGAAAGUGUGGAAGUGUCACGAUGGGAACUGGCGUAUGGAUUGCUUCCCCCCUCUCUCGAAACACAAGGAUUGGGUCAGAGAUGUCGCGUGGGCUCCUAAUCUAGGGUUGCCCAAGAGCACGAUCGCCAGCGCUUCGCAGGAUGGAACCGUGGUGAUUUGGACACAAGGGAAGGAAGGAGAUCAGUGGGAAGGCAGGGUGUUGAAUGAUUUCCAAACUCCCGUGUGGAGAGUGAGCUGGUCUCUCACUGGCAAUAUCCUGGCUUGUGCCGACGCAAACAACAGGGUGACCUUGUGGAAGGAAGCCGUUGAUGGAGAGUGGUCGCAGGUUUCUACUGUUUAACUGGCCUCGAUGGCUUGUGUUGUUGAGAAGUACAGGGUUUCUGAUUAUGCAUGCACGCGUAGCAGGCAACUUCCCCACUCUGUGCGGUGUAGAGUAGCGAAUAGGAAUUAGACUUCUUAAAAGUUCCGGCAUUGCUUAUGAGCCUCGCACAAAACGUCUUGGCAGUCUGUAUGCUCCUGGAUGACGGAGGCAGGUACUGCUUUCAGGAGGGAAAGUUGAUAUCAAUGAGGAACUUUGUCAAUAGCAGUGUUCCGCGACGGUAUUUUGUAGGAAGGGGAAGUUCAUUCAUGAGAGGCUUGUGUCACGGGGACACUCAGCAGGAGAUUCUUGUGAGCUAUUUUCAGGUGACAAGACUGUUCAUAUUGAAGACAAAAUUUGGCCCAAAUGUCAGGGUAACUUCCAAUCAGCGAUAAAUUCAACUCCGCUUCUUGCUUGCUACC